UGUGGGAGGGCGCGGGGCGAUGGCGGCGGCCGGGGCCAUGGCCGCGCUCGGCCGGAGCCUCAAGGCCGCGCUCCGGCUGCCCCGGGCUCGGCCGGGACUGCCCGGGAUGGCACUGAAUCUGUACCACAAGAACCUACCAAAAUUUGAGACCGUCCAUCAGGUGAAGUUCCUGCACACAACUUUGUCUCAGAGAGGCCUGGAGGAGUUUUUUGAUGAUCCAGGAAACUGGGGGGAAAAAAGUGUAAAGUCUGGGGAUUCAUGGAAUAUAAAGCAGCUAAGGGGCAAGAGUAGUGAAGACUUGCACAAACUUUGGUAUGUCUUGCUGAAAGAAAAGAACAUGCUCUUAACUUUAGAACAAGAAUCCAAACGACAGCGCAAGCCUAUGCCAAGUCCAGAACGCUUAGAAAAGGUAGAAAAGUCUAUGAAAAAUAUAGACUUGGUUGUCAGAGAAAGAGAAAUUGCUUUGAGGAUUUUACAAACAGGCCAUGAAAAGCCAGUCCCCGGUGAGUGGAGACACGACUUCCUGGGACGCACCUUCUGGUACAGUUACAAGGAAUGGCCAAUACCCUGGCAUUUGAACAAAAAACACAAAAAGAAGAGAUUCUAUUACCUACCUCAUGUGAAUCACUUCAUCAGACUCAGACUUGAAAAAUCCUUGAGGAAAAGGGCAAGGCAGCAAAGCCUGGAGAGGACAAGACAGAAGGUCUUGGAAAGGAAGUUUCCCAACAUUGCUCUGAAAUCUCAGAGCCAGUAACUGCAGGCACUGGAAGAACACUGCAAGGUUGAGUGUCUGUGGAACAUGAAUCAUGUUCCAGAACCACAAACUCCACUGAGCAUUCCAGAGAGUCUCCAUCCUUUUUUGUUUGUUUUUAAUACCACAUUUGACUUUAAUUAAACUUGUGAUCUGGAAUUAAAAAGCAGCUUGGGUGCCUAA